GAAUACAACAAAACAAACCACCUUCUCCAAGAAACCUUCAUUAUUAGAAGUACAAUUAUUCUAUCAUUUCAAGACCCAAUUGAAAUUACCAACAAAAUUCCAACAUAGCUGGACUUUCACUGCGUUUUGAAUUUAACAUAUCUCUGUUCACUGUUUCCUUCAAUGUCAAACCCAAAAGAACAAAAUUGCUGUCUUUAUGGAGCAUGCACAUUAACUGUUUGUUAGAUUUCCUGUAAGGAAUCCGUUCUUGCUAAUGUAUUUGUGACUUAAGUUUUGGGGUUCACAGCUCACAUAGUGCUUGAGACUUGUACAAUAUGGCUCAAGUGAAUGCCCUAGGGCUACAGUUUAAGAAUUCUGCUGUCUUUGGAAUCCACCUAAAAUCGUUUAUUUGCUUUCAGACACAAAGUAGAAGUUUAACUAGGAAACCAUUUGUGAUUGAAGCCAGGGCAAACACCAGAAAAGAAAGUGCAAAAAUUCGGAACAGAAGGAUGCUAAAAAAGUUUAAUGGAACGGCUAAACAUCCAAGGCUUUCAGUAUUUUGCUCAGAUAAGCAAUUGUAUGCAAUGCUUGUAGAUGACGAAAAUAAGAAGUGUUUGUUCUAUGGAAGCACGCUGCAGAAGUCAUUCAGACAAAAUCCCCCAUGUAGCACUGUUGAAGCUGCUCAGCAUGUUGGGGAGGCACUUGUCAAAACCUGUGUUGAUCUUAAUAUAAAUGAAAUAUCAUCCUAUGAUCGCAAUGGCUACGGUCGUGGACAAAGGCUAGACGCCUUUGAGAUUGCCAUUUCUAGUUAUGGAUUCUUGCCAAGAUAGCUCUGUAAGACUGUAAUUGCUGCUGCUGCUCUUUUUGUGGAAAAUAUGAAGUACUCCAAUGUUAUUAAGUAGGACAUGAUCGCUUUUCUAGAAUAGCAAGUUGCAAAUCUCACGUGAUUGAUCAUUACUAUAAGAAAAACUUUGAAAAAUCAAGGGCCCGAAUGUUAUGGACUUGAUGAAGUAAUUUGCAUGU